AUGGCACCUACAGAAGCUGCAAAUAGAUCAUCAAACCACUCAACUGAAACCAAAGGAAAGACCAUUACUUGCAAAGCCGCUGUGGCAUAUGGUCCAGGAGAACCCUUUGUGGUAGAAGAAAUUCUUGUCCAUCCUCCUCAGAAAAUGGAAGUUCGAAUCAAAAUUCUCUAUACUUCCAUUUGUCACACCGAUCUCAGCGGCUGGCAAGGCGAGUGCGAACCUCAACGUGCUUUCCCUCGAAUUUUCGGUCAUGAAGCCUCCGGGAUUGUGGAGAGUGUAGGAGAAGGAGUGAGUGACAUGAAAGAAAAGGACUAUGUGGUUGUAAUAUUCAACGGAGAAUGUGGUGAGUGUGUGUACUGCACGUGUGAGAAAACCAACAUGUGUGAGAAAUUUGGAGUAGACCCAAUGAAGAAGGAAAUGUGUGAUGGAACAAGUAGGUUUUUUACAAAAGAUGGUAGUAAACCUAUUUUCCAUUUUAUGAACACUUCAACUUUCACGGAGUAUACUGUGGUGGAUUCAGCUUGUGUUGUUAAGAUCAAUCCUCAAUAUACACUUAGCCUCAAAAAUCUCACCUUGCUUAGUUGUGGAGUUUCAACAGGAAUUGGAGCUGCUUGGAACACUGCUAAUGUUCAAUCUGGUUCAUCUGUAGCAGUCUUUGGUUUAGGUGCAGUUGGGCUGGCUGUUGCAGAAGGGGCACGAGCCCGAGGUGCUUCCAAAAUAAUAGGUGUGGAUAUCAACCCAGACAAAUUCAUCACAGCUCAAGCUAUGGGAAUCACAGAUUUCGUAAAUCCAACUGAUGAAGAGAAACCGGUAUCUGAGAGAAUCAGAGAAAUUACGGGAGGAGGUGCAGACUACAGUUUUGAAUGUACAGGAAACUUGAAUGUUCUAAGAGAUGCCUUCUUGUCUGUUCACGAGGGUUGGGGAUUGACUGUACUGUUGGGAAUUCAUGCAUCACCAAAGUUGCUUCCCAUCCAUCCAAUGGAGCUCUUUGCCGGUCGCAGAAUUGAAGGAUCGGUGUUUGGAGGUUUCAAAGGCAAAAGUCAGUUGCCUAAUCUUGCCACAGAAUGCAUGCAAGGAGUGAUAAAGCUGGAUAAUUUCAUCACUCAUGAGCUUCCAUUUGAGGAGAUAAACAAAGCCUUUGAUCUUUUGAUUGCCGGGAAGUCACUGAGAUGCCUUCUGCACCUCUAA